CUCUUCUCCUCACCGCCGCGCCGUGAAGUGGAUGUUUUGGUGAGAAAAUACGGUGUCAAAAAAGGGACGUAAAUACCUUAAAAACAUGACAUUUCGACCGAGAGGAACCUAGAGCUACGUAGGAAAGUAGGGCGUCUCCGGCGGAGGUUUUUUCUGAUUAGCUGUGCACCGUAUUCCUCCGCAUGUCCGCUUUCUUCGUAGAUGGUCUCCGGCGAGCGUUGUCUGGCGGCGGACGACGAGUGGUCGACGAAUAAUAUGAAGGAGAUGAUCGGCGGCUGCUGUGUUUGCUCUGACGAGCGAGGCUGGGCGGAAAACCCUCUGGUGUACUGCGACGGACACGGCUGCAACGUGGCCGUGCAUCAAGCAUGCUAUGGCAUCGUGCAGGUGCCCACCGGUCCUUGGUUCUGCAGAAAGUGUGAAUCUCAGGAGAGAGCUGCAAGAGUGAGAUGUGAGCUGUGUCCCCAUAAAGACGGAGCCCUCAAGAGGACAGACAACGGAGGCUGGGCCCAUGUAGUUUGUGCGCUUUAUAUACCGGAAGUAGAAUUUGCGAAUGUUUCGACGAUGGAGCCGAUAGUACUCCAGUCUGUGCCACAUGAUCGUUAUAACAAGACAUGUUAUAUUUGCGAGGACCAGGGCAGAGAGAGUAAAGCAGCCACUGGAGCCUGUAUGACCUGCAACAAACAUGGCUGCAGGCAGGCCUUCCACGUCACAUGUGCCCAGUUUGCGGGGUUGUUGUGUGAGGAGCAAGGAUCGGACGCAGACAAUGUGAAGUACUGUGGAUACUGCAAAUACCACCACAGCAAAUUGCUAUUGGCUGAGGGCCACCAUCCACAGCUCACGGCCCAAAAAAGCUCAGCGCGGCCCAGUCUCGGGCUGAGUGACUGCAGCCGGCCCCCGACUCCCCCAGCACAGCCUCUGCCCUUUGACCACAUUAACCAGGCGCAGUCCGACUCAUCGCUCAGCCUCCUCUUAUCACCUGGAAUCAAACAUUAA